CAGCUCGCCUCGGCGAUUUCCGUCUCGGAGGGCGGUCACUGGGAUGUAAAAGUUACCGGGAAAUCGCGUUGCCUGAAAAUGAAUCCGGAGUCAGCCGCCGAGAGGGACUACAAAGCCCAGAAUGCGGGGUGUUUAGACGCCCGUGUUGAGGAAGGAGGCCGUGUUUAAAUGGACAGGAUGUGGCUGUGCAGUGGAGGGAGAGGUUGGAGCAGGCUCUAAGGAAGGACUGGUCAAAACCCUUUAAGCACCGUCUCCUGGACCAUGAGGGUGGAUUAGAGACCCAGUUGCGUUCAGAUUUGUCCGAGGGCGUUUCAAAAUUAAACGUCCAUGUUGUGAAGUAGAGGAGCCUGCAGGGUAGCUGAUGGUCAGUGGGACAGAGACUGGAAGCCUGCCCCUGAACUUCAGCAACAUGGGCUUCACACUCAGGCUGCUGGCUUGCUUCACCUUCAGCUGGUUCUGCUUCCAUCGGGUGCUGGGGAUGACAGAGCAGGAAAAAGGCGCAAUCAGGAACGAAGUUGUUGAAAUGUUCGAGCAUGCAUACAACAACUAUAUGGAACAUGCGUACCCUGCUGAUGAGUUGAUGCCCCUGAGCUGUCGUGGAAGAAUUCGUGGAUUAGAACCAAGUCGUGGUGAUGUUGAUGAUGCCUUAGGAAAGUUUUCACUCACUCUUAUUGAUACAUUAGAUACGCUAGUUGUACUAAACAAACUCGAUGAGUUUGAAGAUGCAGUGCGAAAAGUAAUACUACAUGUCCAAUUCGAUAAUGAUGUUGUGGUCUCGGUGUUUGAAACAAACAUCCGUAUAUUGGGUGGGUUGUUAGGAGGUCAUGUGAUGGCAACCAUGUUGAAGAACCAUGGGUCCAAGGUCCGUUGGUAUAAAGAUGAGCUUCUAUACAUGGCUAGAGACAUAGGAUAUCGACUCCUGCCAGCUUUUAACACUACUAGUGGUCUACCAUAUCCAAGAGUAAAUCUGAAAUAUGGAAUCUUGAGCCCUCUGUCCCGAACAGGCACAGAGUCGGACACUUGUACAGCCUGUGCUGGAACCAUGAUUCUGGAAUUUGCAGCUCUCAGUCGCCUGACUGGUGAAUCUAUUUUUGAGCUUCUCCUUGAGUGUUUUCACACUAGGUCUGCUUCCUCCGACUCUGCCUCGGGUGCUGGUGGCCUGUACUAG